AUGUUUUGUAAGUCUUAUCAAAAUAUUUCAUUGCUUCUGUUGGCAUUUUUUUUCAUAAAUGACCAUUUAAUAAGCUCAAUACGACUCGAUGAUGACAUACUUGAUAAAUUCAUCGAAGACGAAAUUCAACAAGGUUUUCCUGGAGUUGCUCUCAGCGUGAUACAGAACGGUAAAGUAUUAAAACAAAAAGUCUAUGGUUAUAAAUUGAAGUACGACGACAAUGGAACAGUAAUAGAUGAACCACAAUUGUUAGCGCUAGAUACUAUGUUUGAUAUGGCUUCAUUAACAAAAAUGUACGCAACGAAUUAUGCGUUAAUGCACUUAGUUCAUCAAGGAAAGUUAAAUGUUCAUGAUCCGAUUAUGAAAUAUAUUCCUUAUUAUCGUGGCUGUAAUCCAGAAAAUGAAUGUCGUGAAGCAAGGCUAAUCAAAGAUUUAUUGACACAUACAGCUGGAUAUGCUUCAAGCGUCGAAUUUUACAAUCCGAAGAAAGUUUCGGCGGAUUUAUAUUCUCAAGAUAAGAAUAAAACUGGAGAAAUCAUCGAAACAAAAUUAGGCUUUCAACGACCGAGAGGUGAUGAUCAAAUACCACUUUAUUCAGACAUUGAUUAUAUACUAUUGGGUCUCGUUAUCGAACAUAUUACCGGUAUGCGAAUAGAUCAAUACGUGAAGUCAACUAUCUACCAACCAUUAGGACUAACUCAUACAUUAUUUAAUCCUGUGAAUGGUUUCAAUUAUCAAAAAACUGAUUUUGCUGCAACAGAACUUAAGGGCAACACACGGAAUAAUACUAUUGAUUUUCCGAAUGUCCGCCGAUAUGUUUUACAAGGACAAGUUCAUGACGAAAAGUCGUUCUAUUCCAUGAAUGGUCUUUCAGGGCAUGCUGGUUUAUUCUCAAAUUUACACGACAUGACUAUUCUUACUCAAGUUAUGUUAAACAAUGGUACUUAUGGAAAUGUACAGUUUUGGAAUGAAACUGUUCAAGAACUUUUUUUGACACCCUAUUCACGUGAUCCAACCUACGGUCUAGGAUGGCGUUUGAACUAUAAUCAGACUCUAUCCUGGUUCGGUCUUCAUGCGGCCAAGGAAGCAUAUGGUCAUACAGGAUGGACAGGAACAUGUACAGUCAUUGAUCCGAAAUGUUCCAUUGCUAUUAUUCUGCUGACAAACAAACGACAUACGCCAUGCAUUAAUGGUACUUUUGACGGUGAGAAAUACGAAACUGGAAAGUAUGGAAAGAUAAUGACACUAGUCUAUGAAGCCAUACGAUUAGAUCAACAACAAUGUUGUAACAUAACAUCGAUAAAUAUAGGAUGUCGAAACUCACUAGAGAAUUUUUCUUCAUUAAUUUUGUUCUCUAUGUGUGCGUUCACUUCUCUAUUGUUUGAUUAA